AUGGACCUCUCUCGAGUUAUCAAGCCGUGGAAGCUGGAACCUCCGAAGACCCGGCUCUUCGUUAACGCCACUAUAAUCGAUCCCGUCGAGGGUAAAUUGAUUCCAAAUGCUACAGUUCGGAUAGAAGGCGGUUCGAUCGUUCGAAUUGAUUUCGAAAAUAAUCCUGUAGCAAAAGAGAACAUCCCGGAGGAAGACGUGAUUGACCUCAGUGGGAAGUAUCUUUGCCCCGGUCUGAUCGAUUGCCAUGUGCACAUCGCAGUGACACCCGGCGAGGCCGAUCUACGGGCAUACAACGAUAUGACAGAAAGAAUGAGUCUGCUGCGACAGCCACACGUGCUCAAAACCAUGCUGGAACGUGGUUUCACCUCGAUCCGCGACUGUGGCGGUGCCAGUCUAGCCAUGAAGGAGGCAGUUGAGGAGGGUGUUCUCCCCGGCCCGAGACUGUUCAUUGCGGGAUUUGCACUUUCUCAGACUGGUGGCCAUGGAGAUAUGCGCGGUCCGCACAGCACACAGCUGUGCUGUGGCGGAUCUAUUUCAGGAAUUAGCAGAAUUGUCGACGGGCCCGCCGAGUGUUAUAAAUUUGCACGCGACGAGCUUCGGCAGGGUGCUGAUUUUAUUAAGAUCAUGGGCGGUGGAGGCGUCGCAAGUCCAACUGAUCGCAUUGAACAUGUUCAGUUCUCGGACGAAGAGAUCAAGGCCAUUGUCACUGUUGCGCAGAACGCAGGCACUUACGUGACUAGCCAUAGCUAUACUCCCCAAGCUAUCCAGCAAGCAGUCAAGCUAGGCGUCCGUGGAAUCGAACAUGGAAACCUCAUCGACCUGGAGACAGCUAAAUUGAUGGCUGAAAAGAAUGCAUUCCUGACUCCGACUCUCAUCGCUCAUGUGAUGUCGAAGCAGAUGAAUUUUCUGUCGCCCGAUGGUGCCGCGAAGAAUGACGAAGUUCUCCAAAAGGGAUUAAGAGCGAUGAAGAUGGCAGUCGAUGCCGGUGUGACCGUCUGUUUCGGUACUGAUCUUCUGGGUCCGAUGCAUUUCGCCCAGAGCAAGGAGUUCUCCGUCCGCAGCCAAGUUCUGUCUCCGGUGCAGAUUCUGCGUAGCGCGACGGUCAAUGCCGCUCGCCUACUCAUGCAAGAGAAACGUCUUGGGCAGAUUCAGGAGGGAUUUGCCGCUGAUUUGUUGAUCCUGGAUGCCAACCCAUUAGAAGAUAUCACCGUUUUGGAUCGGGCCGAGCAAAUCAUCAAGGGCGUGGUUAAAGAUGGGCGGGUGAUGAAAUCACGAUGGCAGAAGCUGCAAGCAGAUGUAUAA